GUCUUGUCCACCUCCGGAGAAACACGAAUUGUUUCGCCGGAACCUCGCCGGGAAACACAUGCAACUUCCCAUCGUCUUUACCGACCGAACGUCUCCACCGGACUAAACUUCUCGAAACCACCGGAAUCACCUGGGACCACCACGACGAAAGAAACCUCCAACGACUAUGUUGGAAGGUAGGGAAAAUCCAUCGUCUUCAACACAUACCUUUGUGCUCGUUCUUCAGAGAGCUUCAAUCGAUCUAAAUCGAGAUUUCUUCCAGGAGCCAAACCACUGAACACAAGGCAUAAACUUCUACCGCUUCAGAUCUGAACCCUAAGCUAUUCAAAACCACAACCCUGGUUUCAGCCGACAUCACCAGAGUGAAAAGUGAGUCGCUGGAAUUAACAAGCCAGCUAUAUCGUGUCGUGGGAAUCACUAUAUGCCGGAACCAAAGCCUGAAUCUAGGGAAACCUUCACCGGAACUAUAGACCGGUGAGAUAAAGGAAUGAAACUCUUUCUCUCAAAGAAUCAUCUCAAAUUGAUCAGAAAAUCAAAAAGAGAGAUUGAGUUUUCUCAUCAUCUGUUUAGUGAAAGAUUUUAGAUAGAGAACGGAGUCUGAUAUCUAGAAAACAUAAGGUAAAGAAAGCAUUUUUUGGUUCUUUUUAAUACACAUUAAUAAAGGUUCAGACAACAUUCAUUAAGACAUAAAAGCAAAAAAAGUCUUGCAAUAGUGUUCUUUAAGAUUCUAUUCAAUAUCUACAAAAUUAAAUAAAAAAGUAACCUUUUUCCCCAAAACUCAAAUCCCUAGAUUAUUGGAGAAAAUUUCCCUAGAGAGAGGGAUAAAAAGAUUUCGACUUUCUGAUUCGAAUCCACAAAUAGAUCAAAACCCACAUCGGAGAUUUCUUGUUUUCUCGGAGAAAGUUGAAGAAUUCUAUGGAGGUACAAUGGGUUUUGGUGUGUCACGGGAUGGUGACGUUAACGGUGGUCGUCUCCUUCCUCUGUGGCCAUUCGCCUGUCUUCAAAGGCACUCCCAUUGGAUGGAUUCACUACUUCCUCACUUUCGGCGCUUGGGAUUACUUACUGAGGUUUGUUGAGUUUGUGUUUGGUUCCAAGGGUACGGACGCGGUUCUAUCGGUUGAGGGUUUCUGCUGUGACCGGCCUAAUCCUUUCCUGCAAAUCAUAUACCUGUUGAUUCUUGGAUCAACAUACUUUAUAACUGUGAAAUCUUCAUUUGCCUAUAUACCUGGAUAUUACAUCGGCGAAGUUCACAAGUAUAUGAGCUUUGGGGCUGUUAUGAUUGGCGUCCUGCUUUUCCUGUUGACAAGCUUUUGUGAUCCAGGGACUGUUAACGCUAAGAAUGUUUCGCAGUAUGUUUCCGCUUACCCUUAUGAUGAUAUCAUUUACUCGGAGAAAGAAUGUCCAACGUGUAAAAUACCAAAACCAGCUAGAUCCAAGCACUGCAGCAUCUGCAACCGUUGUGUGGCGCGGUUUGAUCAUCAUUGUGGUUGGAUGAAUAACUGUAUUGGCGAAAAGAAUACCAAAUAUUUCAUGGCCUUUCUCUUAUGGCAUUUUCUUCUCUGUCUCUACGGAGCUGUAGCCAUUGGGUUUAUUCUUGCUGGGCGAGUAAAAGAACUUCGCAUUGUACAUAUUUUAACCACCUAUUACGGGAUAAAGAACUCUUUCCGCAGCUUAGCUCCACGUGUUUUACAGUGGCUAGUUGGUACAUACAACACCCAAAUACUUUUAUUGGUGUUUUUCGCCCUUAUUUCUCUCCUCCUUGCUGGCUUCUUCGGCUACCACCUCAAUCUCUGCUUAACCAACACAACAACUAAUGAGAAAUUCAAAUGGAGAGAGUACACAAGUUUGCAGAAGAAGAUAAGCGAAGCAAAGGCAAGUGCUGCUGCUCUCAAGGCAGGCAUGAGCAACACCGAGCUGGAACGUCCAGCAAUGAGCAAAUGGAGGGGACUUUGGAGAAGAUCUGAGGCCAAAGCUGAGUCCAUCGUUGCCAAACGGAAUAUGUAUGAUAAAGGAAACUUUCAGAACAUUUCUGAGAUUGUUUUCCCAUUAUCUUCAAGACAAGGUUUCCAGAAACCAUAUCAUAAAUCUGAAUAGCUUUAGUCUGUAUGUAGUUGAGAUCGGUCCCAGUUUAAAACGUUUUACACAUCUACUCAACUUCGAGAAAAAAGGUUUAUUGAAACUAUUGUUGGUUAUACAGAUCUUUGACAAUCAUCUUCCACAUAGUUUCUUAUAUUCUUUCAUACAACAA